AAACGUAUUGGACGAAUUAAGAAUAUGUUUUAAUCUGAUCUUUUGACUGGUAAUUUGAAGAAUUGUGAAACUGCGCGCGUGCGCGGUCCUACGCACUGAUUCUUGGUUCGAGCGUGGCGGUUGAUUCGAAUUGUUCGAACAAGAAAGAAAAGCUACUAGAAAUAAACAUUUUUGUGAUUUCAAAAAUACUGUUAAUCGUAACUUUCAUUACCACGAUAUUGCUCAAUAAGCAGUAUUGUCUAAGAUAACUCGUUUUUCUCUGGUUCAAGUUUGAAACGGAUUAUAAAUAAUGUUUAAUCUAAUUUGGUGUUUAGUCUGAUAUUUUUCAGAAUUCUGAAAGUAUCUGGAUUUCAUUUUAUCACGACAUUUAAUGAUAACGAUACUUAUUGUAAUUGUCAAUAGAUGACACCAAGCUUCGAAAAUCCUUCGACGAGAGUCUCUACUCUGUGUGAUACACAUUUCGUGACUAUAGUUCUGCAUCUGAAGAAUUCACCGAAAUAAUAUUUUUAUAGUGUAAAAGAUACAACACGACGCUCCUAUUAAAUCAGUUCAUGACAAUAUAUAAAUAAUUCAGUUUGAUCAUGUAGAAUACACUAUUGCUCUGUCAUUUAACGAUAAAGAAUACUACAAAUAAGUAGCCAUAUCGACACAUUUCUCGAAGUUAUUAUAACCUGAGUUUAUCGGUGAAAGGUUUUUAAUUAACUGUACAAUGCCACGACUACCACUGCAUCAUGCUUCGGGGACUGGUGUAACAAUUCAUUUUGCUAAAUCUAUACGUUUAGUUCGUUAUGGAUGCACAAAUAGACCAUUCUAUCACAUUGUCGUAAUGAGUACAAAGCUUGGACAACAUAAACCACCAACAGAACAACUUGGCAGUUAUGAUCCUAUGAAAAACAAAUUUAAUGAAAAAUUAGUUGCCCUUAAUUUUGAACGUAUACAAUAUUGGUUAGGACUUGGCGCUACUAUUUCAAAUCCCGUUGCUGAACUUCUUGGAUUAGCUGGUUUUUAUCCAGUCCAUCCCAGGACAUAUAUGCAUGCAUGGAGAAAUCUACGAACUGCUCAAGAAGCUGCUAAAAAAGCAAAAGAGGAACCUGCAGAGGCUGUAGAGUCAGCAGGUUAACAUUCUGUUCCUGUUUUAUUUGUAUUUCACUUACAUCUUGUAAAUAAUAUGCACACAUUAAUAAAGUUACUAUAAAAGACA